AAAACUACUUGCUCCCGAGCACCUGGUAGGUCUCGUCUCCUUUACUCUCUUCUCUCAAGCUUCCUUGUGGUUGCCUCAGUUCAUACUUCGCUUUCGUUGAACGAAGCGUUUCUGUCGUUAAAGCAUUUUCUUCCACUGCCUUUGCUUUCAACGACGCCGGACGUCAUAUUUUAGGUCGUCUUACCGUUGCAACACCCAGAAUAGCUGCGGUCUAUUUUUCCUUCAGAAUCUUACUUAUUGCAUAUUUAUAUACACCACCAACAUGCCUGAGCUAGUACUUUUACCGUCUAGCACGUACACACCUCCGUCCCCUUCGCUGGCACGAAGACCGGGGAGGUCACUUAAUACAAUAAUGGAAGAGGAGCCGGAAGGGUCGCAAAGGUCGAUGGCGUCGAGGGGUCGUAAAAUACAAGCCAAUUCAUCCAACGAGAAAAUCGUACAAUGGUUAUCACCACGAAGUGACCAUUUCCCGACUCCGCGAGGAUUUCACUUCCUAUCAGCUCCAAUACUACCUGAGUCACCGUCAACUGCUUCUGUGGACGAAAGCAAUUCGCCGUCAAUAACGUCCUCGGACCCCUGGAACCGAGAGAGCAUAAGUACUGACGUGACAGAGUUUGACGAUAUCUACGAAAUCUCAGACGAAGAAGACUCUCGACGGAUUUCGAGGAAGUCUUCGAUAAAGCGUCGGAACAGCUCCCGAAACACGAUGCUAAAGCGAACCGCAACUCAAUCUUCGGCCUCACACCGGGCUCUCCCGCCUCUAGUCAUCCCGGCGCAACAAGAACAAAAUGCCGAGAGCUUGUCAGGUAGGCCGGAAUUCAAGAGACUGAUGUCGCCUCUACCUCCUACGCCACCGGCCAAGGUUGAAAUGUCACCAGCUGUGAUCUCAUUUUUACAGGCCCAACAAUCUGAGGAGGUACCAACCAUUUCCGCUCCACCGUCCCUUGAUGGAAGUUUGAGCUCCGAUCAAAUGGCUGCUCUGUCUGCUCCGCCGACACCAGUCAUUGGAGAGGAAGAAAGUACCACUAACACGGAUUGGUCUGGAGUCCAGCUACAACCUGCUGCUCUGGCUACGCUACAAGCAUUGUCGGGAAGCGAGGACUCUGAGGAAGAGUAUCACCCAGAGCAGGUUAUCGAAGUUACGGAAGAACGAAGACCGGAAAUGUCGCAGCAAACACCGCGCCUGCUCACUUCCAUGUCACGACCGAUCCGUAGGGUAUCAACUCAGCAGCCUUCCCUCAACGGUUUAACAAGACUUGAGAUUCCUUCUCCCGGAGGUUUCUUCUCUGGUCUUUCUCCCCGCACGAGGCACACUUGGCACCUACCUACAAUGACACCUGAUGAGAAUGCGCCUCCUACUUCGACUACUGCAGAACAGUUCUAUCGUUGCCCGUGGAAUGAGCCUACUCCUCAAGUCCCAACUCUGCCAAAUGUUCCGGUUCUACCUCCUCCUCCACCACGACCUGAGCGCUUUGCUGCCACGCCUCUCCCAUCAGUACCAGUUGAGCAAUUCGUAGAAAUCAGGGGCACAAUGUCGGAUGGCAUUCCAACCGCAAGGCCAGCUGUAUUAGAACAGGUUCUUGAGGCAAGGGGUGAUCUUACCGAAGAAGUAAUCACAGCGCGACGCAUUGAGCCAAGAAACCCCUUAGUCUCCCCUACCGCUUUCUAUGAGCCGUCAAGCCCUCACGAGGAUAUUACUGCCACGGAAAUUGUAACCACCUACGAUCCUGAAUAUGCCAAGAAGCAACAAGAAGCUGCCCUGUCCAACCUGGACCGGACAGAAUUGUGGCUCAUGGCGCAAAAGGCCUAUCUGCAGGGCAUUCUUCCAGAGGAAGAAGUCAAACCAACAGUUGACCCUAAACCAGAGACGCAUGACAUCCAUGUCGAAGAAGAGCCACAGACAAAAGAACCCGAACCUGAGGUGGCAUCCCCAUCGCAGAGGAAGAAGAUGGUUCGCUUCUCCGAAGUUGUAGUCGAGACUGAUAUCCCAAGGACCUUACCGCCCAAGCUUGCACGGCAAGAAUCGGCCUACUAUCGUGCUUUUCAGGACUAUAUCAUUAGGUCCCGCAAUCAUGAUCCCUUCGUCCAUCGUCUUCCUCGCUUUGAGGCCUUGCAGGCUCAGCGCGUCUCUCUACGCGAAACUCAUCGUAACCAGCUUCUUGGAAAGUACCAAUUAUCUGUGAUGCCUCAGUCAGCUAAAAAGCGGAUGAGUGCCAACGUAGCCCGUGGUGACGACAUUCUCGUCGAUGACCCCGAGAAACUGAAGCGGGAGAAGGAACACGAAGCACUAACUCAAAUGUCCAUGGCAAACUGGCACGUCGGCGCAAUCAAGGCUUUGAACGGUGGACGUCUAUUUUCCGCUCCUAUUGCCAAGCGUCUCGCCCGCCUCUCCCGCAUUGGCGGCGCCAAAGACCGGGCGCGUAUCCUGGACCUAGGCGGUCAGGCUGCUUGCGGCUGGGCUUGGCACUGCGCUAUCACGUACCCCAACACUAAAGUGUACACGGUGACAACCAAGGCGAUCCGACAGUUAUCCAACUCGAACAUCCGAGGCCCGCCCAACCAUCGACAGGUCGCAGUAGAGAGACUCACGAAGCUGCCAUUCCCCGACGGUCACUUUGACCUAGUGUCAGCGCGCGAGCUACAUUCAAUUCUCAAGUUCAUCGGCGAGAACGGCGAAGAUGAGUGGGAUAGCUGCUUAAGCGAGUGCAUGCGCGUGCUUAAGCCCGGUGGGUACCUCGAUUUCUCGAUCCUCGACUCGGACAUCACCAACGCGGGCCCACUUGGCCUCGCCAAGUCCGUCGAAUUUGGGUUUGCCCUGAAAACCCUCGGCUACGACUCGUCCCCAACCCGGAUGUUUAUCAGCCGUCUUAACCGCGCUGGUUUCGAAGGCGUGCGCCGCGCGUGGGUGUGUCUCCCUAUGGGACCGGACCCCGCCGUCCGACGUAACCGCAGAGUAGUGUGUGACAGCUUUACGGGAGUAGAGCGUCCGCUCGACCUUGAGGCCAUGGUGUGCGGCAGCACGGAGGCGGCGGCCUCAGUUACGGGCCUAGCAGGGAGCUGGGCGUGGGAGAGGUGGCUGUUGAGAUGUGAGACGGAGAAGGUGGCGAGUGAAGAACGUCUCGGAUUCUUCGAGGUGGAAGCGGAGAGAGAGAAGGCGAGCAAGUGCCUCGAUGGCGUGCAUGAGGUUAUUGAGGAGGGGAGGAAAGUUGGCGCCGGGUUUAGGUGCUUGAACGGAUAUGCUAGGAAGCCUACCGAAUGUUAGGUUGGCCAAUCCACUACUAAGGGUAAAUAAAGGGUUACGGGCUGUUAAUGGGGGAGUAUAAUCGAUCUUUAUAAGAUUAGGAAGGGGAUUCUCUUAUGUGUAAUGCGGUUGGGUUACGGGUAUGUGUGUACGCAUGGACGUAUGCAUGGAUAUGAGGUGCGUGUAUGGCUGGUGAUGAUACCCCGUUCGGAAAUUGGGAGGGAAAAUAUAUACUAGAGAAUGGGAUAUCUUCCGCUAAGCAUGAGUACUUGUGUAAAAUGUAAGAUUGGUUUAACGUAUUUGGUUUGAUUCGUGUUGAUUUUGUCUUUGGAUGUCAGUAUCUUAUGUAUGGCGCGUAUAUGUAGGUGAUCCCAAAAGUUAUAUACCACCUCCUUAUCGCUCCCUUCUCACAUAUGGUAGACAUUUCUCCCCCUCAGUCUGAAAUAUAUUGACAUCCACU